AUGGCUUCCAAGGAUGUCGCUAAAGAUCAUGAAUUAAACGGAGAGCUGUACAGAGCUCUGGUGAACGAAGAGGCUGACAAGGUGAUACGACUAUGUGAAGGUAUUGAUGACCAUUCAUUGCACAUACUAACCAUACACAACGACACAGUGCUCCACAAGGCCACUUACGCCAAACAAGGUAACCUGGUACUCAGUCUUCUCGAUGCCUUGCCUCAGCACCUUCUCCUCAAAAUCACCUGCCCAAACAAUACUGGCAACACUAUGCUUCACGAGGCAGCUACUCUCGACCAAGACAACUCGGUCGAGAUAGCGAAGAAGAUGUUGGAGAAAGACCCGGAGUUGUUGAGCAAGACCAACAAACUUGGAGAAACCGCACUCUUUCGGGCAGCCCGCUAUGGCAAGACUGACAUCUUCAACUUUCUGGCAGAUAAAAUAUCGAGAGAUGAUGAAGCCAGCCAGCAACCAUUUAUUCAGAGGAAUGACAAGACCACUAUUCUUCACAUCGCCAUCCUUGCUCACCACUUCGGUUAG